AUGAGCGCACCAAAGUACGAAAAGGAGCUCCAGAUUGCUCAGCUCGCCGUCCAGCGCGCUUCCAUCCUCACAAAGCGAGUCUUUCACGAAAAGGCCAAGGGCACUGUCGACAAGAAUGACAAGUCACCAGUCACGAUUGGCGACUUUGGAGCGCAGGCACUCAUCAUUGCGGCUCUGCAGCACAAUUUCCCAAACGAUGCCAUUGUCGCCGAGGAGGAGUCUGCGAAGCUGAAGGAGGAUGCCAAUCUGAGGACCACAAUCUGGGACUUGGUGAAAGAUAUAAAGUUGGACGAUGCCGCUGCUGAAGCUCUGCUGGGCGGACCUAUCAAGGAUGUUGAUGCCAUGGUUGAGUUUAUCGACAAGGGAAACAGUGCUGGUGGCUCCCAGGGACGCAUCUGGGCCAUUGACCCCAUCGACGGAACAAAGGGCUUCCUCCGUGGAGGCCAGUACGCCGUAUGCCUCGCCCUCAUGAUUGACGGCGACGUCAAAGUUGGCGCUCUGGGAUGCCCCAACCUCCCCAUUGACGAUUCUGCCCGCCUCACCACCGACAUUGGCGCAAACCAGACCGACAAGGGCCACGGAGUCUUGUUCUCCGCCGUCCAAGGCCACGGCGCCAAGAGCCGCGCGCUCGCGACUGUGAACCUCGACGCCGAGGAUGGCAAACCCAUUUCCAUGCGCGCCAUUGACGAUCUGACAAAGGCCAACUUCUGCGAGAGUGUGGAAGCCGGUCACUCCUCCCACGGCGAUCAGGCCGCCAUCUCACAGAAGCUGGGCAUUACCGAGCCGAGCGUCCGCAUGGACAGCCAGGCCAAGUACGGCUCUAUUGCUCGUGGCGCUGGAGACAUUUACUUGCGCCUGCCCGUGAGCGCUACAUAUCAGGAGAAGAUCUGGGACCACGCUGCUGGCGAUCUUAUUGUCAGGGAAGCAGGCGGACAGGUCACCGACAUUCACGGCAAAAGACUAGAUUUUAGCAUUGGACGGACACUUGCAAACAACAAGGGCGUGGUGGCAGCGCCCGCGGCGGUGCAUGGCAAAGUCCUGGAAGUAGUGCAGGAAGUUUUGAGCGCCAAGCUGUAA